CAUAUUAUUCAAAGCGUACAGAAAGAAUAAAUGAAUAAUGAUCGUCCGAGGCUGAAAAAGCGAUCUUCCUUAUCAAAAGAUAACAGACUUUCUUUCUCAGAUAAGAUUCAAAAUUCCGUUCUCAAUCAAUUGUGCUAAUUUGAAACAUGUGAAACAUAGUUUGUAGGUGUAGUGAAUCAGGAUGGAAUUGAUAGAAACGAAGAUUUUAGCAUCUGUAAUCCUAGGACUUGGAAGUGUCAUAUUCGGUUUUUUGCCCCUUUGUCUAACAAAUAGCCGCAACCAAAAUUCGUUGUUUCUGUCUUGUUUGUUAUGUUACGGUGGCGGAGUUUUGUUGUCCACUUCUUUGACGCACAUGUUGCCGGAAAAUCGGGUAAAAAUGAAAGGAUAUGAACAGUACGCGGAAAUCAUUUUCUGCAUGGGAUUUUUUCUACUUUACAUAGUUGACGAAAUUGUGCAUUUUAUAUACGGUGGUGCGCACAGCCACUCUAUUUUGAGCAAACGUUGCUCUGUUAAGGAGAGAACGAAUAAUUUAAGCGUAGCUUACGGUGCUACGGAAAACACCCCAAUCAAGCCUCAACCCCCUUAUAAUCCUGCGUUCAGCAGAAGGAUAACUUCCUCUGGUUACGAUGGAGGCGCCCAUCAGCCUUCGCACCUCUGUAAUUCCACACACAAUGAGGAAGACACUCCAUCUCAGCUGUGUCACGUGGGACAUCAAGAACCUUGCGAAUCUUCUGCACCAGCCAUAAAUUUCGGAUUGGUGAUAGCUUUGACUCUUCAUUCUUUUUUGGAAGGUCUAGUCGUAGGAUUAGAAGGUACUUCAACUAAAGUUUUACUUUUGCUUGGAGCUAUUUCUUCUCACAAGCUAGUGGUUGGUUUCUGCUUAGGUCUAGAAUUAGCCGCCAACACAACAACAUGCCGCCACCUAUUAGGAAUAUUGGUUUUUUCUGUUGGAUCUGUUGCUGGAAUUAUUGCAGGAACAUUUAUUUCAAAUAUUCAGGAUACUUUAUCUGAUAAAUUGAUGGCAGUUUUACAAGGUUUAGCAGGAGGUACCCUUCUUUAUGUAACUCUGAGUGAAAUCAUUCCUAGAGAAAGAGCAAGGUGGCACCAAGAGCAUCAAAAAAGGGGUGCUGGAUUAUACCAACUUUCAUGUAUUGGGUUGGGAUUUACAAUGAUGACUAUUUUAGCUCAUUAUCUAGAUGCCGACUAAGUGAAAAGUGAUCUAAGACUUCCCAGUAUAGAUAGGACAGAAAACAUUUGAGCUACAAAUUGUAUAUUUUGAUAUUUCUAGUAUAGUAAACUACAAAAAAACAGAACA